UAUUGAAACGAAACUUUUCACAGCAUAAGCAGUACUUCCAAUGGUGGCAUAUUGAGUUUGCACUGAUCCCACAGAACGGGAGGGCUAAAAGUCUGCAGAUAUAAGAUGGGUGCCCUAAGCACGCGAUGUCUGUUCGUUUUUCGAGUCUAGCGGGGAGAAACACAUUUUAUAUUUCCCACUUGGAAUUCCAGACAGUCUUUCUCGCUUUUGUCAUCAUGGCUACACAAGAAGACAAGCCCGCCGAAGGCACCCAAGCCUCCGACUCGAAAGUCGCUGACGGCCCCGAAGGAGAUGAGGAAUGGGAUAGCAUCGAGCUUCCAGAUCCAGACACUGAAUGGGAGCAGGUCUACAAGUGCGCAGCUGAUCCUCAUGCCAUCGACUACUACCAGGACGAAGGCCUCGUCGAGAAGCCGAUCGAGGACGGUUGGACUAGCGUAACCCAGAUCCCAGAGGAACUCCGGAGGGAGAAGAAGGGGGAGAAAGUCUUGUCUACGCUGAACCUUGCCGGCAAUCUUGCUGGCCUCAGGGCUAAGACUAGGAGGCGUCUCGCUAGGCAGAGAAAUGUGAAGGAGGGUUCGCACCAGACGACGACGGCGGCGGCGGCGGCGGCGGCUCCUCAGUGCUCGACUAAAGACAGCGCUACAGCGGCUGGUGCCGGUGAUGUCGUCGACGAGCCUGCUCCGGUUACAACUACGACUACAACUACGAUUACGACUGCUGCUGCCGCUGUCGCUGCCGGUACCGAAUCGCUAGUCAAUGGAUGGAUACGUGCCGCAUUUUCCUAGUGACCGCCUCCCUCUAGCUUUCCGGAUGACACGCGAUAGGACGUUAAGUGAUAUGGCCUAUGGGAAUUCCGGAUUUUUCAAGAGUCGGAGGUUUCAAGAGACUAUCUGAAUACACAUAAAUCUCUCCCAAUAUCUAUAUGUUUCCUUACCCGGGACAAUAAGGCUUGCUCAUAAGUCCCCCUGAAAGCCACCUUGAUAAAUCAGAACGCGUAGGGGAGGAGACAUCUACACUCACUUUAGCUCUCUGGGGAUAAGAUUAUGAUAAACUUAGCAAUAGUAAAAGCUAACUUUGAUCUAUCAAAAUCGUAUUUCUGCAAUUGUUUAAGAAUUUGGACCUUUUGAGUUUAUAUUUCUAGUUUAGUUGAUCAACAGCUUUGCCUUCCAUUUCGGACUGGCUACAUAUUAGUUAACGACAAUGAAGCUAUUGGAGCCUACUUAUGUAUGUACCCGUCUUCCCGCUUUGCUCUGGUGGUAUGAGAUGGUUACUUCAUUCAGAUAUUAAAGAACACUAGUCACAUCCAU